CCUUCUAAUCCUGGUCCUGGGUUGUCCGGUUACCAGCUCCCUAUUGCCUUAAGGGCGGUCGGGCCGGUAGCCUGGGAAGGAGGAGGAAGUAAUUCCCAGGAUCCCAGCAGUAGGGCGCUGUAUACCACCCAGAGCAACAUCCAGAGCAAAAGAAUAAAGAAUCUGCUCCGAAUCCCUGCAGGUUCCACUGUAUCUGUAGCUGCAGCAGGGCUUGCCAGCUAUAGCUGAAGACUCCGCCCCCAACAUAGGAGCACCUCUCUAGGCCAGAGUAAUCUGACUCCACCCUGGUUAAGAAUUCGGUUCACACAUUGUCCCCAGAAUGGGCCGUACUCGGGAAGCCGGCUGCGUGGCCGCUGGUGUGGUGAUUGGGGCUGGCGCCUGCUACUGUGUAUAUAGACUGACCUGGGGACGAGAUGAUAAUGAGAAAAUCUGGGACGAUGAUGAUGAAGACGACAAGGAGGAAUCUAGUGAUAUUGUGGAGACUAGGGUUGAAAUUGGGAAAGGAGCUAAACCUAAUGCUGUGGUGGACGCUGGAGCUAGGCUUCAGAGUGAUUCAAAGGUGAAGUCUGAGAUGGCUGUGGUACUUGAGAGUGGUUCAGAUGUAAAAGCAGAGGUCCACUUGGGGCUCCAGAGUGGAGGUGGCCUAGAGGCCAAGGCCAAAGCCCUUUUCAGCACCCUGAAAGAACAGGCAAGUGCAAAGGCAGGCAGAGGAGCCAGGUUGGGUACCAUCUCUGGGAACAGGACCCUUGCACCCAGUUUACCCUGCCCAGGAGGCAGGGGUGGAGGCUGCCACCCCACCAGGAGUGGCUCUAAGGCUGGGAGUAGGGCAAGUGGAAAAACCAAAGGAAGAACCCGAGGUAAGAGCACCAGGACUCCAGCUACAGCAUGGCCUGUUCGCAGAGGCAAGUUCAACUUUCCCUAUAAAAUUGAUGAUAUUCUGGGUGGUCCAGACCUUCAAAAGGUUCUUAACAUCCUGGAAAGGUCAAAUGAUCCUUUUAUUCAAGAAAUAGCCUUGGUCACUCUGGGUAACAAUGCAGCGUAUUCUUUUAACCAAAAUGCCAUUCGUGAGUUGGGUGGUCUUCCAAUUAUUGCAAAACUGAUAAAAACGAAAGAUCCUAUUAUUAGGGAAAAAGCUUACAAUGCCCUUAAUAACUUGAGUGUAAAUGCUGAAAAUCAGGGAAAGAUUAAGACCUAUAUCAGUCAAGUGUGUGAUGAUACCAUGAUCUGUCGCUUGGACUCAGCUGUGCAGAUGGCCGGACUAAGACUGUUAACCAACAUGACUGUAACUAAUCAUUACCAGCAUUUGCUUUCCUAUUCUUUUCCAGACUUUUUUGCAUUGUUAUUCCUGGGAAAUUACUUCACCAAGAUUCAGAUUAUGAAACUAAUUAUAAACUUUACUGAAAAUCCAGCCAUGACAAGAGAGCUGGUCAGUUGUAAAGUACCAUCAGAAUUGAUUUCCCUCUUUAAUAAAGAGUGGGACAGAGAGAUUCUUCUUAAUAUCCUUACUCUAUUUGAGAAUAUAAAUGACAACAUAAAGAGUGAAGGGCUUGCAUCAUCUAAGAAAGAAUUCAGCAGAAGUUCACUUUUUUUCUUAUUCAAAGAAUCUGGAGUGUGUGUUAAGAAAAUCAAGGCAUUAGCAAAUCACAAUGAUCUGGUGGUGAAAGUAAAAGUCCUAAAAGUAUUGACCAAACUUUAAUUGGGUGUAUGUCCCCAAACAAUAUCGAGAUAAUUUUUUAGUUUGCAUUUGGGAACAAUUCAUUUUGUAAAUUCUUGGUUUGCCACUGUGCUUAUAUGACAAAAAGAUCCUUUCAGCUGCUAUUUUGGAAUAAUGAAUAUCAAGGAUCAUCAAGAGUGAUGCUAUUUGUGGUGGUUGGUUUUAGGCUGGACCAUUUUAAGAAUGCCAAAUGAAUACUAGAGCUUGUAUAAAGAAAGCAUUUAUUGAUUCCAUCUUGCUACCUAGGUUGAGAUGUUUUUUACUCUUUCCUCUACCUAAAUUUACAACAAACUAAUCAUAAAUAAGCUACACUUUUGUAUUGGUUUAUAUUUGUUAAUCUUAGACUUGUGUUUCAUCAAUAAAGUUGUGUGUUUUAACCAGA